AUGGGCCCAGCCCCGCCCCGCCGGGACCCCAGACCCGAUCUUCGCCGCCAGAGAAAAGGCCUGCCACCUCGAGCUGCCGGGCCACAGCUGGUGGAUGAGCAGGCAGGGUUGAGCUGCAUCCUCGGGGCGCUGGGGCUCGUCACUCCCCUCCCGCUUUCUAGGAAACCCACCAGCCGGGGCAACAGCCACAAGAGUCCGUGGAUCAGUGGGAGUGACCACUCUCUGCCGGUGCUUUGGUGGGUUCACUGGGUCCAUUCUCACUACUCCAGUGCUCAGUAUAGUUCCUUGGGCUCCAUAAGCACCAACACUACCACUAAUGACACCCAGUUUGUCAAGCCAGUUGACCCCUUCACUCUUGGUGUGGCUGUAGGGAACAGGCCAGAUCCCCCAGUGUACCAGCCCCUGCUGCCGGGAGAGGCCUCCAGGCCGAGACUCAACGGCUGCCCCCAGCCAGAACACUGCCCUCACCUGAACGCUGCUCGCGGAGCACUGAGCAGUGAGGCCAUGGGAGGAGCUUCCAGCUCUGCACUCCUGCUUCUCCUAGCCCUAAGUGGCAGCACGGCAUGGGCCCAGAGGGCAGGGUGCAAGAGCGUCGACUAUGACCUGGUAUUCAUCUUGGACACAUCCUCCAGCGUCGGCAGGGGCGAUUUCGAGAAGGUCCGCCAGUGGGUCUCCAACCUGGUGGAGACCUUCGAGAUCGGGCCGGACCGGACGCGUGUGGGCGUGGUGCACUACAGCGACCGGCCGGCUGGCGAGUUCCAGCUGGGCACGUUUGGCACCCGGGAGGCGGUCCAGGCGGCCGCUGGGGCCAUCGCCUACCACGGUGGCAACACCAACACCGGGGAUGCCCUGCGCUAUGCCGCCGGCACUGCCUUCUCCCCUGCAGCCGGAGGGCGACCCGGCCACCGCGCCGUCCAGCAGGUGGCCAUCCUCCUGACAGAUGGCCGGAGCCAGGACGAGGUGGUGGGUGCGGCGGCGGCAGCACGGGCGGCCGGGAUCCGCAUCUUCGCCGUGGGGGUUGGGGCGGCCCUGAGGGAGGAGCUGGAUGAGAUCGCGUCUGAGCCCAGGUCGGCCCACGUGUUCCACGUGUCUGAUUUCGACGCCAUCGACAAGAUCCGCGGGGAGCUGCGCCGCCGGAUAUGCCAGAAUGUGCUGUGCCCCAGUGUCCGGGUGGAAGGUGACCGUUUCAAGCACACCAGCGGGGAGACGGACGGGAUCACAGGUUUUGACCUGAUGGAGCUGUUGAGCGUGAAGGAUGUGUUGGGAAAGAAGGAGUCCGGAGCUCAGAGUGCCUACGUCCGCAUGGGCAGCUUCCCCGUCGUGCAGAGAACGGAGGCCGUGUUUCCCCAAGGCCUCCCCGAUGAGUACGCAUUUGUGGCCACCUUCCGCUUCCGCAAAGCUUCACGCCAUGAGGACUGGUACAUCUGGCAAGUGAUAGACAAGUACGGCAUUCCUCAGGUGUCUGUCCGGCUGGACGGGGAGAACAAGGCCGUGGAAUUCAGCGCCGUAGGGGCUACGCAAGAUGCCGUGAAGGCGGUGUACCGUGGCACCCCGGUGAGCCACCUCUUUGACCGGAAUUGGCACAAGCUGGCCUUGAGCAUCCAGGCAGGGAACGCUUCCCUGUAUGUGGACUGCCAACCUGUGCGAACUUUGCCUGUCGCGGGCAGAGAGAACAUUGGGAUCCGAGGGCGGACCGUCAUCGGCAAGCGUCUCUACGAUAGCGUGCCUGUGGAUUUCGACCUCCAACGCAUUGUCGUUUACUGUGAUGCGCGGCAUGCAGAGUUGGAGACAUGCUGCGACCUUCCUUCGGGGCCGUGCCAGGUGACGGUUGUGACGGAGCGGACUGCAACAGAGAGGCCACCCACGGUCAGCGGUGAGCAGGUCGGCUUUCCGAAGACUGAAGUCAACUGCUCCUGUCCUGCUGGGGAAAAGGGUGACAGGGGUGAAGCUGGUCCCGGGGGACCCCGAGGACAGAAGGGAGAUGUUGGACCGCCGGGCUUAGGAGGGGCUGUUGGCCCCAAGGGAGAGAAGGGAGCCUCGGGUGGAGCAGUGUUGGCCAAAGGAGAGAAGGGUGAACAGGGACCAGAAGGGCGACCUGGGACUCCUGGCCCAGAAGGAGAGAAGGGAUCCUUGGGCCGGCCUGGGCCCCCUGGAAGGGAAGGAGUAAAAGGUGCCCGUGGGGAGCCAGGGCCACCAGGAGGAUGGACACUGCCUGGCUUUGAGGGCUCAAAGGGAACAGUGGGUCACCCAGGACCACCAGGACAUGCUGGGGCUCCGGGUCUCCAGGGACAGCGAGGAGAACGAGGGUCCCCAGGGGAGAAGGGAGAACGAGGCCUGGAUGGUUUUCCUGGAAAGCCUGGACUAGAAGGAAAAGAGGGCAGUGCGGGUCCCCGGGGGGCGCCAGGCCCCCCAGGAGAGAAGGGCGAAGUGGGACCGGCCGGGCCUCCAGGUCUACCAGGCUUCUUGGCACCAAUGGGCAGCUUGGAAGGAGAGGUGUUGAAACGGGGAGACCCUGGGCUGCCUGGAGAGAACGGAUUGCCUGGACCCCCGGGCCCACAAGGACCCCCUGGACGCCCAGGCCCCCCUGGUCCUGUUGGACCCCCGGGCCUGCCUGGAGAGAUUGGCUUUUCUGGGAAACCUGGCCAGCCUGGGCAGCAGGGAUCCCCUGGAAAGGCUGGCGAAGAUGGGCAACCAGGUCUUCCAGGACCCAAGGGGGAGCCUGGCGAGAGAGGAGAGGAUGGCGUUCCUGGGAAGCCCGGCCACAGGGGGGAAGCUGGUGUUCCAGGGCCAGCAAGCAGAGACGGUGAAAAAGGAGAGACAGGCCUACCGGGACCCCCAGGGCUCCGAGGUCCAACCGGAGAGAAAGGAGACCAGGGUCAGAAAGGAGACUUGGGGUUCACUGGACCAAAGGGGGACAGAGGAGAAAAGGGCGACUCAGGAGCACCCGGUCCUCCUGGCCCUCCGGGUUCGACUUCUCCACUCAGUCCUCAACCGCGAGAGCCGGGGGCCACUGGGCCCAAGGGAGAUAAAGGAGACAACGGCUCUGCUGGAGAAAUGGGCCCACGGGGUUUCCCAGGGGAAGAGGGACGGAGAGGACCUGCAGGACCCCCGGGCACAAAGGGACAAGAUGGAGUCAGAGGGGAACCCGGAGUCCCAGGAGCAGGGGGACCUCCAGGACCCUCAGGUCUCCCAGGUGUCCGGGGCCUUCCUGGAGCUGGGGGGGCUCCAGGGGCCAAGGGCCAGCCAGGAGAAGCUGGACAGAAAGGAGACCAGGGACCCCCGGGUUCAGAGGGACCACCUGGACCUCGAGGGGAGCCCGGCAUGCCUGGGGCAGUGGGACCCCCUGGAAAGGGUCAAGAUGGAGAACCGGGCCACCGUGGAGCUCCCGGGGUGCCAGGACCCCCAGGACAGAAGGGGGACCGAGGAGCUGCUGGGGUCCCUGGCCGGGCUGGCGAGAGAGGAAACCCAGGACUUGGGGCAGCAGGUCCCCCCGGUCCCCCCGGGUUGCAAGGAGACGCAGGGCCACCGGGACCACGAGGCUUCCCUGGUUUCCCUGGUCCCCAGGGUCUGGCUGGCCAGGAGGGAUCACCGGGAAACCCUGGGGAACAAGGGCCACCUGGAAAACCAGGCCCUGCGCAGAUCCUGACCCCUGGGGACAUAAACCUCUUGGUGAAGGACGUGUGUGGCGACUGCCCCCCGGGAGCCCCAGGACUCCCUGGCCUGCCAGGGUUCAAGGGGGACAAAGGGGUCCCAGGGUCACCUGGGAAAGAGGGCCCUGAUGGCAAAAAGGGGGACACUGGCCUCCGAGGACUUAGUGGACCCCCGGGAGAGACCGGCCUGAAGGGCUCUAAAGGAGAGCAGGGAGCAGAUGGUGAGGCUGGACUCAAAGGUGAACAGGGCCACCCCGGUGUGCCUGGAGUCGUGGGUUCCCCAGGGAGCCCAGGGCCACCCGGAGCAGACGGUGUGUCUGGACCGGCUGGGCCUCCGGGGUUUCCAGGAGCCACAGGGAAGGAUGGUGUGCCAGGCCCCCAGGGCCCCCCAGGAUUGCCGGGACUCCCCGGUGAAGGCGGAAAGGAGGGCGAAGAUGGAAAACCAGGGCCCCCAGGGGAUCCGGGCCCAGCAGGAGAACCAGGAGGCCCGGGGCCAGAUGGGGUCAGAGGACUACCAGGUUUCAAGGGCCACACAGGAGAUCCAGGCCUACCUGGCUCUAGGGGUGAGCCGGGCAUGAUGGGUGCCCCGGGCCGGGAAGGUUCGCCGGGGAAAGAUGGUGACACCGGACCCAUUGGCCCUCAGGGCCCCCGGGGACAGAGGGGGCCAGCAGGUAAGAGUGGCUCACCCGGCCCCCCAGGGGACCCUGGCCCAGCAGGACCCCCGGGUCUGAAAGGGACCAGAGGAGAGAAUGGCAACCCCGGUCUCCCUGGAUUCCUGGGCCCCCGAGGCCCUCAGGGUGAAGUUGGAGAGAAGGGGAUGCCAGGCAAAGAGGGUGCCCCUGGGACACCAGGUGGGCAAGGAGCCAAAGGAGAAAGGGGUGAUCCAGGAGUUCAAGGCAGCAAGGGAACCCGGGGUGAGAAGGGCCAGUCCGGAGAGCCUGGACUUCCGGGCCAUAAAGGCCACACUGGUUCCCCGGGCCCCCAUGGACCUCCAGGAGAGAAUGGCCCAGCUGGACCCACGGGACCCCCUGGACAGCCAGGCUUCCCUGGACCACGGGGAGAGUCCCCGUCGACAGACAUGCUGCGACGCCUGAUCCAGGAGGAGUUGGGGAAGCAGCUGGAGGCCAAAGUAGCGUACAUUCUGGCUCAGAUGCCCCCCACCCAUAUCAAAGCCCCCCAGGGGCGGCCUGGGCCUCCGGGACCUCCCGGAAAGGAUGGGCUUCCAGGCAGGGCGGGACCUCCGGGAGAGCCAGGCCAGCCAGGCCAGGUUGGUCAGGAAGGGCCAGCAGGGCCAAUGGGCCCCAAAGGGGAUCGAGGGGCCUCGGGGGAACGAGGGGAGCCUGGCAUCAGCCAACGAGGAGAAAUCGGGCCCCCGGGCCUCCCUGGCCAACCAGGGGAGCCUGGCUACGGCAAGGAUGGACUCCCGGGGACCCCCGGCCCUCGGGGAGAAGCUGGACUCACUGGUCUUCCGGGUCCACAGGGCCCCCCCGGGCCUCGCGGGCAAUGUGACCUCUCUCAAUGUGCCUACAUGGCUAGCCUCGCAGGGCAGCCCGGCAACGUCAAAGGGCCGUAGGAGCUGAGGUUGCCUGCCUGGACUGACUCCUGGAUGCUGAAUAUGGAGCGGGCCUGAAGUGGGCCAGCCCCUGGGCCGCUGGAUCACUUACCUGGCUUUUCUGCUUGGUUUGUUCUCCAGGGGAGGCUGAGGGGGAUCCUGUGUAAUGAUGCAAAUGUCAGCCAGGUGAUCAUUUA